AUGGCUGUGGUCAACGUGAGUUCGGGCGGCUUUUCGUACGCUCAGGCUGCGAAAGGUCGCUCACCAGCGAUGAAGGCACAGGCAUCAGCAAGCAAACCUGCCUCGGGCGGGCCUGGAACAGCACCGAAUACACCGAUGAUGCUACCUGUUGUCAGUACUGGUGCAAGCAACUGGGCAGAUGAUAUGGAGGCGAGCGUGAGCGAGAAAACACCGGACUCCUCAAAACCUGUGACCGAAUCGGGCAGGAGCGCGUCUCUCAAGGAAAGCGCGGUGGAGCGUGCCAAGUCCGAGGAUAAAGCGCACCAGGCAAGCUCCGGGGUAUCGUCACCAGACCUUACAGCAACUCCCAGCACCACGACCAAAGACGACGAUUCUUCAUUUGCGCAGACUAAUGGCACGUCUUCGGAGAGCACGUGGGAGACCAAGUCGCAAGUCUCUGAGCCAGCUUGGAUUGCCGAGCGCAAAGAACGUCAAGCCAAAUCUCAAAUAAACGACAGUAUGGCGAAGAAUGAGAAAAAAGCUGAGGAGUCCUCCUUCCAGCCACCCACGAUUGUGAAGCCAGUGGUACUACAAGAAGCGCCGCCACCCCCAGUCAACUUCUGGAAGCAGAGGGCAGAGGAGCGUCAGAAGACUCAGACAGCAACCCCACAGCCAGCACCGCCAUCAUCACUAGCACCGAGAGUUGGCUCGAAUGUGUCGUCCGACGUUGGCGCCACGAGAGAGAACCAGCGCCCGCGUGCAGAGUCAAGGAGGAAGGCUAACUCCGUUGGCAAUAUCCUACAAGGCGCCGGCUUUACCAGUGGUGCUGCGGGAUUGCAGCGGAAGACUUCCAGCGCACAAACCAGACGUACUGACGAUGUUCGCACGAACGACCGGGAACAGGGUUCAAGACCCUGCACGACGGGAGCUCCGUCAGCCACCGGAGCGCGGCGCAAUCCACAAGAACGUGUAAGCCUCUCGAAUCUCCAAAGCGCGCCCGACACAUUCAGAGAUGAGGUCUCGUGGCCCACUCCAGAAACCGCGCAAGAACAGGACCGCAAAGACGCUUUAAGCAAGCCGGGCGCGGAAGCGGUCGAGGACGACGUAACUCCAACGCAAAAGCCAAGGGACAAGCCUAAGUGGACCCAUCUUGAAGUCGUGCCGACGGUUAUAUUUGAGACGCCCAUUAUACCACUCCGUGGGCAAUCUAGUAGAGAUCGUGGCGGUCGUGGGAGCACGCGUGGCCGCGGAAGUGGCCGUGGUGGUGUCGGAAACGGCAACAGUAGUGACAGAGCAAUGCAUCGCAACUCUUCUACUCAAGCUGACGGGGAUACUGAUACCUCCACUCUGCGCGGCCACUCAAACACAGCAGACCGUGAAGCCAUGCCACCACCACCUAGACCGAACCAUCCAGCCAACCCAUCGAAGGUUGGGUCGGAGGACGCAACGCAGCAAGACGCUGUCAGUACCUGGCUGGAGUCUCAAUCAAACAUGUCGCGUACAAAGUCGCCUAGCCAGAUCGAUACUGAACGUUCAGGAACAGACGCUGGCAGCGGAGACACAAUCCCGGAGCCCAUCCCACGCCAUGAGGUGACCGGAGCGCAGACUGAAGUCGGUCAAAGGCCAGGGAAGCCUGCCCACGAAAACGGAUACGGUGCCAAUUCAUACAGAACGGUGGCGUCAGACGUUCGACGCGAGCCGCGCAACUACGAUAACCACAAAGAGCCCGCGAUGAACGGCUCGAUACGCGGCAGCAAGCGCACAGGCCGCGGUCGUGGUGGUGGAGGAGCGCGCGAGUUCGCUAACGGCCACUCGACCACCCGCACUUACAUCAAUGCUGACUUCCCAGGCGCAUCACCAUACACGAUGCCACCGUCGCCGUCGGCCUAUCAUUCACUAGGUGGCGCACACUUUGCUUAUCCGUCAUCGAACCGUGGUGGCUGGGCAAGAGGUAAUCCUCGCUCGCAGUCGAUACCGAUCGAGAACUAUUACCCCCGUAAUGGCUUCGCCUAUGGCGCUCAUUCCCAGCUCCAGCCAGUGCCGCAUUACGUUCCUGGCAUGUACGACUUCAAUGGCUACCCGAUGACGGCCGUACCGUACGGACCGCAGGCUGAGCAGCACUUCCUUUUGCCUAUGGUAAUCACGCAGCUGGACUACUACUUUUCAAUUGACAAUCUCCUCAAGGACAUGUAUCUACGCAAGAACAUGGAUUCGCAAGGCUUCGUCCUCCUCGACGUGGUUGCGCGGUUUAAUCGUAUGCAGCAACUUACUGACGAAAGAAACGUGCUGAAGGAAGCCUGCCUUAUGUCGAAUGCGGUUGAAAUCCGCGUAGGCGAAGACGGAAAAGAACGUGUUCGGAAGCGUGAAGGCUAUGAGCAGUUCGUGGUGCCUAUGGAUGAGCGCGAGCCCAGCGCACAGAAUGACGGACCGAACGAACUUCGCCUGCCUGACAGGACUGCCGUCCCGGCCUUCACCGGGACGCCAACGCGAGGACCAGCCUCAGCAGGCAUUCCUAGCGUGCAGCAGCGCUAUGACCGCCACUCGUACGAUGCUGUCUACUCGCCAAUGAACGGUAUGGUGUCGCACCCCGCUGCCUAUUCGACUAUGCCGGAGCCAGCCGACGCAGAUGGACUGCAUGCUGAAGACUUGCGUGGUCGUGCCCCGAGGUCACCGGCUCGGGAAAACGCUGUUUCACCAACCUGUCAAUCAACACCUGUCAACGACAGGGAUAUAGAGCCUGAUGCUUUCGCCGACGACCAGAUGAGCACGCUUCUACUCAUCACUCGCUCGAAGAGCAAUGUAUCAUACCACACUGCUUCUGCCAGGACUUUCUCAAAUGGCUCGAUCGACUCGAGGAGCAUCUUCGGCGAGCUAGAAAAGUCUUCAACGAACGGCGCCCAUAUGCCGCAGACGACGAACGGCGACAUCCCGGAGAAAACAACAAGCAACGGCAUGCCUGCCACCGAUGGUGAUGCUAGCGUGCCUUCUCAGGGAAUGACCUCACCAAGUUCGAACACGACAAACCCUCUCGAGCGUAGUACCGGCGGUGGCAGCAACAGCGUGACUCUGCCCGAGAUUUACUGGAUGAAGGAGCAGACGUCACCAUCACAGAAUCUGCCAAACGAUACGACUCCGGAACCUUAUAUUGGCCUCCGUUACAAAGCCCUAAGUCAGCGUGAACAAGCUGCCACCGGCAAUUGUCCGUACGACCUGCAAGUACUGUACCAGUUCUGGAGCCAUUUCCUCAUUCGCAACUUCAAUGCGAGGAUGUACGACGAGUUCAAAUACUUUGCGCACAGUGACUCUCAGGACCGGUGCAGCUACGUGGGGCUGCUGAACUUGGCCAAAUUCUACGAUCAGGCGCUACAAAGUCACAAUUCUAUCCGUGACCGUGUCGUCAAGGACUAUGUUGAGAUGGUGAGAACGGAGCCGGCUGGGCUAGAAGGCACUGCAUUCAAGAGCCUACGCUCGGCCUGGAGGAACGGUGCGCUGAACUUGAAGAACCGGAAGAAGCUCCUUGACGUUGUGGAUGGGAGCCUGAAGGCGAGGUUGGACGAGGAUUGA